GUCUUUGUGUUUUUUUCAGAACCUCGUCGUAACUGCAGGGGAUGCACAGUCGCCCUCACAGCCGUGUCCCUAGGUCUCAUCAUCAUUGUUAUUGUCCUGUCAGUGUUGCUGUCUAGGCGUCCUCCAGCUGCCCUGGGCCCCUGGUGCCCGGACGGCUGGGUCGGAUACCGAGGGAAAUGCUACUAUUUCUCCGAGGCCGAAGGGAACUGGAACAACAGCCAGAGACACUGCUCCUCCCUUGGUGCCUCCCUGGCUGGGAUCGACACCCUGCAGGACCUGGUGAGAGACUCUCAUUGCAAUGGCCUGGCUUUGACUCAGCAGUUUUUCCUGCUGUGCUAUAAAGGCAAAUCUGACCACUGGAUUGGCCUCCGGAGGGAGCAGGAGCUGGGCCAGCCCUGGAAAUGGGUCAACGGCACCAAAUUCAACCGCCUGUUUCCGAUAACAGCAGAUGGUGACUGCGCGUAUCUGAAUGACGAGAAUAGGGUCAGCAGCUUGCGAUGCACCAGCGAGAGACACUGGAUCUGCAGCAAACCUGAUGCGUUUACAAAGGCGAAGGAGGCGGCAGUGGAAGGAGGCUCAUAACAAGAGUAUUAUCAAAAAUUAGCCCUGGAACUGGGGUUAAAUUUCCUGUUCACUCGCUUCCUGGAGCCCAGUGGCUUGGAAGGGGCAGGGGAGUGAGUAGGUGUGACACAGACCAGGUAUCAGCUCAUGUCAAAGUCCCCAUGUCUCAAUGGGACACUGACAAAUACUCAGCUGGGGUCAAGCUGGCUCACCUGUGUGUUAAAAUAGGUAUUAGAAUUAUAAGAAUGUGCUUAGACUUUAGUAAAUGCUUUUGAGCUGCUGGAGCAUUAAUCCCACUUCUGACAGUUGUAUCCCACAUUGUCAGUAGUGUAGCUUGGGGGGAGCAAGGGGAGUGGCUGUAACACAAAGGUCAGUAAUAAAAAGGUUAAAUAAGAUUGGCCCCAAAACUGAUCCCUGAGGCACUCUACUAGUAACCUCCUUCUAGCCUGACAGUUCACCUUUCAGUACGACCCGUU